UACAUAAGUUGACUGUUUAAGUCACAGUCGUUUUGAUCUCAUCACAUCAACUCAACCAGUCGGAUCAUUACCUACCCCCAUUAUGUCUCCUCAAUCCCUCAAGAUCGCAGUCAUCCCUGGCGACGGCAUCGGCGUCGAGGUUAUGCCAUGGGGUGUCAAGAGUCUCGAAGCGGCCGCCAAAAUAUUCGGACUUACGCUGGAGUUUGAAUGGUUCGACUUUGCCAGCUGCGCGUACUAUCACAAACACGGACAAAUGAUGCCUUCUGAUUGGAAGGAGAUACUUCUCAAGUUCGACGCAAUCUAUUUCGGUGCUGUGGGCAUGCCUGACCAAGUACCCGACGAUGUCUCACUCUGGGGAAGCUUGCUCAAGUUCCGCCGCGAGUUCGACCAAUACAUCAACCUGCGUCCCUGUCGUCUGAUGCCUGGAGUCACUUCUCCCCUGGCCAACCGGAAGCCAGGAGACAUCGACUUUUGGAUUGUUCGCGAGAACACCGAGGGCGAGUACAGCAGUAUCGGCGGCAAGAUGUUUGAGGGAACCGACCGCGAGACUGUCAUUCAGGAAACAGUUAUGACCAGAGUUGGUGUUGACAGAGUUCUUCGUUAUGCCUUCGACCUUGCUCAAAGCCGUCCUCGAAAGCGCCUCACAAGUGCUACUAAGAGCAAUGGUAUCAGCAUAACGAUGCCGUAUUGGGACUCUCGUGUAGUGGAGAUGGCGAAGAACUACGAAGACGUGAAGGUCGACAAAUACCACAUCGAUAUCCUCACUGCCCACUUCGUACAACGACCAGACAUCUUUGAUGUUGUCGUUGGAAGUAAUUUGUUUGGCGACAUCCUUUCGGACUUGGGACCUGCCUGCACAGGUACUAUUGCCAUUGCUCCUUCAGCAAACAUCAACCCGGACAGCAAGUUUCCUAGCUUGUUCGAGCCGGUGCAUGGUAGCGCACCCGACAUUGUUGGCGAAGGUGUUGCCAAUCCUGUCGGCAUGAUCUGGGCUGGUCAGAUGCUGCUCCAACACUUUGGCUUUACGGACGCAGCAGACCUGGUGCUGAAGGCCAUUGAGAACGUUUUGGCACGUGCGGAAGCCGCGGUUUUGACGCCGGAUAUGAAGGGUUCAGGUAACACGGAGGCGUUUGGGGCAGCUAUUGAGGCAGAAAUAGUGGCUCUAGGAGGGAAGAAGUAAAUCGGGCGAACCUAAUAUGUCAUGCCUUAAGGACAGAAUACAUGCUGGUGACUAGAGAGGACUUGGUUUCAAAUAUGUAGAAGGUGCCAGGCUAAGUUACUUAGGUCAUAUUAAUGGACAUGGAGUACUCCUAAGCUUGCCCUGGACUUCGAACCUCGGGCUGACAAUGAUGACAGUCAGGUCCAUUGAGAUAGCUUAUCAAGCAUGAAACCAUAGUAAUAAUCUGCUGCGACAAUAUGCACACUAUUAAAUCGGCU